AAAUGAAAUUUGUUAAAUUGAUUAUAUAAAUACAGACUAUUAAAAGAGCAAGCAACAACUAUGUUUUGGUCAGUUAUCAGGCCUAAAAAAAACCUGAACAAAAAUAUUAUUACUGAAAAUUUAGGCUGAGCUUUUACUAAACUACUUCUUUGAACUCUAAAAUGAAUUAAUUCAUAAAAAAUAUCAUUCUUUCUUUGACAUUUAAUUACAUUGACACUGUAAUAAAACUACAAUUUUAAAUAUGACAAGCUUUUAAAUUAAUUUUGUAAUAGGGGACAGUUGCAACAGCAUGUUGAUUAAACUUCAUGUGCUGCUGUAGCUUUAACACUUGAUCGCUAUACCCAUUUGAAACUAAGAAAAAAGGGAUUAAAAAAAACACAUUAGACAGCAUGAUACAUUAUCUAAACACUAAAAAAAAACUUUUUUAACCUCAAAAUUAGUUUUAUACUGAAGGAAUGGUCACACAGGUCUGAUUUCCUUCUGACUGAAGGAGAGUACUUAGAAUAUGUAGCAUAAAUAUCUCUAGCUCAUCUUAACUGAAUGGAAGAAUAAGUCUUGCCCUGUGUUGCAACUUGCAACCGUACCCACUAUCCCCUAAUAAAAUGCUGACUAUAUGUAAUAAAAAAACACAUCAUAAUGCAUUGCAAAUACAAAAUAUAAUCGAACCAACUUUUUCCAUAGGCAAAUCUUUGCUGCAAGCACGUAUUCCCUCAUUCCUCCUCCUCCUCUCUCUCUCUCUCUCUCUCUCUCUCUCUCACUCUUCUCAGUCUCUCCGUUAUGGCGCUACACUCAAACUCAAGCUCUGUAUACGUGGCGCUUCUCUUCAUUAUAAACUAUAUUUGUAUUACAGCAGGCAGUGGAUUAUCAUCAGAGAGUUCAUCUGGACUUUUACCCCCUUACGAUGAGCUCUACUACCGCGGGGUUCGGGCGUACUUUAGCGAGGAUUGGGAGCGCGCGGCGGAGUUUCUGGAGAAAUCCAUUUCCACCCGAUACAAACUCCUGCGGAUAAGACGGAAAUGUCACGACGAGUGUUUAACAGCAGGAGAUGACAAAAUAUCCGAACAAGACAAAGAGGAUAUGAUUUUCUGGGACCUGGGGGUUCUUGAGUGGAUCCAGGUACGAGCUGAGUGUGUGAAGUUCUGCAUGAGUCGAAGUGUCUCUCCUGCUGCGCUGCUUCCUGUGUCUUCAGACAUUGAGUAUGAAUUUGGGACACGAAACCCUUACAACUACCUCCAAGUCACCUACUAUAAGUUGAAUAAAAUGACCAAAGCAGCUUCAGCAGCUCACACAUUCUUUGUGGCUAACCCGAGUCACCUGGAGAUGAGGAACAACAUCGAGAAGUACAAGAGGAUGUUAGGAGUGAAAGAGGAAUUUUUCCAGGACAGAGAAAGAGAGCAUGAGCAGCACUGGGAGAUGUAUGAUGCAGCCAUUCAAGCGGAGAGCUCGUCUGAUUGGCUAAAGGCAGUGAAGAUGUGGAAUGAGUGUGUGAAUGAGACGCUCAAACAGACUGAAGAGUGCAGAGCGCAGUGUGUGACGGCGCCACGGGUCAUUCCUGAAGAGCCCGACACCGUACAGGGCGUUUACGAGAGAGCAGCAGACCUCUCUCUGUCUAUGAUGUCAUGCCAACAGACGUGUGUGACCUUAGUUUCAACAAGACCUGGAAGGGUUUCUGCCAUGGAGGAUUUCCUGCCCUUACAGCUGGAGCACUUACAUAUUGCACAGUUCAAAGCUGGUGACCUGAAGGGGGCAGUGGAGACCUUGCGCUCCUUACUGCUCUUUUACCCCACAGAUUCAGACAAUCUGAGUAACCUGGAUCUCUACACUCAGACUCUAGAGGGCGACACUGAGGCUCAGCAAACAGGUCCAGCACCGGAAAUUUCCAAGUAUGUGAACAGAGCUUUGCAAGAGAAGAAACUGCUGUAUUUUGGGAUGGCAAACUUGGACUUUAAAUUCAGUGACCCAGAUCUGUGGACACCUGAGGAUGUUGUGCCUGAAUCUCUGAGAGAAACCUGGAGAGCAGAGAAAGAGCAGCUUCAUGAGAAACUGAAGCAGGGCGACAAAAUGGACGAAGUUGAUGACAGUGGAUUUUAUGCAGGUGGUCCCAUUCCUGUAGCUGGCGUAAGCAUCACUCUGGAUGAUCAGGGCCUGAACGGGACCAAUCGGGUGGUGCUGGAUGGAGUUUUAUCCCAAUCUGAAUGUGAUCGCGUGAUGCAGCUGGCAACAGUUGCAGCAUCAGCGGGUGACGGGUACAGGGGGCGACGCUCUCCCCACACCCCACAUGAGAAGUUUGAGGGUUUGACUGUCCUCAGAGCACUCAAGUUGGCUCAGGGCGGGCUGGUUAACCAAUCAGAUGCCAGGCUGCUGCAUGGGAUUGGGGAGACUGUAAAAGAGCUGAUGGACUCCUACUUCAGAACUCCCUCUCUUCUUUAUUUUGCUUACACACACUUGGUUUGCCGCUCCGCCAUCACAGGACACCAGGAGGGCCGGUCGGAUCUCUCUCACCCAGUGCAUGUGGAUAACUGCAUCCUGGAGCCAGAAAGCAGACAGUGCUGGAGAGAAGCUCCGGCCUUCACUCAUCGAGAUCUCAGUGCAGUUCUGUACCUGAAUGAUGAUUUUGAAGGAGGCGAUUUCUUUUUUACCGAUCGAGAUGCCAAAACAGUAACUGCAACUGUUAAGCCAAAAUGUGGGCGACUUGUUGGAUUUACAUCAGGCCCUGUGAAUCCCCAUGGUGUUACUGCAGUCACGAAAGGUCGUCGAUGUGCAUUAGCACUCUGGUUCACCACUGAAAAACACCACAAGGAUAUGGAACGUGAGGAAGCUGAAGACUUAUGGGCCGCAGAUGGACAGAGUGUAGUAAAAGACGAGAAGGCCGAUGGCGAAAAUGUCGUAAAAUCUGCCCGCAGCGGGAGAAGCCAAGGCAAAGAGAAGAGCAAAGAUAGAGAACGAGUGACAGGCAGACGGGAUGAGCUGUAAGAAUGACAGACGAUUAAAGACAAUCAGAAAAGAGACUUUGGUAGACACUGAAUGCCACACUGCUUUUUCACCUAGUCUCUUAGUGAAUUAUAAUUUAUAUUUAUGCCAGACUCUUCCCACCUGGUUUUGUGUUUAUAUGUGUGAGUGUGUGUGGUUAUGUGUGUGCAUUUGUUUCAGUAUGUCUGAUGUUUUUGUUUUUUAGUCAAAUAAUAAAGAAAAGGUGAAUUAUGA